AGGUGGCUGAUCCGCGCUCCUCCCGGGGACGUGGCCACGGUUCAGCUGCGCGUGGUGGAUGGGGAGUUCACGGUGACGGUGCAGACUCCCAGCUUGUCGCAGAGUUGGCGCAGCGCCGCUGGGGAGGACUGGUCAGACUACCACGUUGUCGGGACUUGGAACCAGUGGAAGGGCGCCAGCAUGCCCGCGGACCCGCUCGACGAGGGGGUGUUCAGGUACCGCGUAAGGAUCGGCGACGACGGGUUUCACAUGUUCAACAUCCUGGUCGACAACGAUCCUGAGCAGCAGCUGUACCCCCACAUCGAGAUGGCCCAGAUCGGGGAGGGAGCUUUGUGUGGCCCCGACAGCUUCGGCUCCAGCCUUAGCUGGCUUAUUCAGGGCGCGCCGGACCAGCUGUUCGACAUAGUCUUGGACACCAGCGAGACAGACAGGUACCGCGUGGUCUGGUGGGAGCCCGUGGUGGAAGACGAGUCGCCUGCACCCGUAGCGAGCUUGCCAGGGUAGAACCUCGGGGUCAAGUGCUCCCCCCUCCUCCCUCCUCCCCCAUCAUCCU